AUUGUACAUAUAUAUAAGCUCAGGUAAACUAGGCCAAGUAAUCUGCUCAAUUCAAGACGUUCUCACCAUGGCUGCCAUGGCUGCUAAUCUACUCAACCUCUCAGUUCUUCUUGGACUCCUAUCCAUGAGUGUUGGAAUGGUUCCUCCUACGUGCAGCCGUAUCGAAUGUCCAAGCUAUGAUGUAAUUCAUGUAGGUAAUGGUUUUGAAAUCCGCCAUUAUAAUUCGACGAUGUGGACAUCAACUUCUCCAAUCCAAGAUAUUUCAUUCGUUGAUGCCACGAAAUCAGGCUUCCUACAGCUAUUUGAUUACAUUCAAGGGAAGAAUACCUACAAAGAGAAGAUAGAGAUGACAGCUCCUGUGAUUACUCAAAUCUCCCCAAGUGAUGGACCCUUUUGUGAAUCAUCCUUCAUUGUUAGCUUUUAUGUCCCUAAAGUGAAUCAAGCUGACCCACCUCCAGCACAAGGUCUUCAUGUACAAAAUUGGGGUCCUGUGUAUGCAGCAGUAAGACAAUUCAGUGGAUUUGUGUCUGAUGAUGAACUUGGAGAAGAAGCAGCAGCGUUACAUGACAGUCUGGCUGGUUCUUCCUGGUCAGAUGCCGUCGAUAAAGGCCGGGCUGCUGAUCCAACAUCGGUUUACACUGUUGCACAGUAUAACUCACCAUUUGAAUAUGAGAAGAGGGUCAAUGAGAUUUGGAUGAUGUUUGAUAUAAAUGAUGCUUGGUAUGAAAGAUUAGAUUUUGAAAUAAGAGAAAAAUUUUAAGUCAUGAGGAAACAGUAGAGGGAAUCUUUGCUUCUGCUCUGUAUUUAUUCUAUCUUAGCUUAAAGUUGAGUUUUAAGCUUAGUUAUUAUGUGGAAACCAUAGAAGGGGUAGUACUUCUUAUGUGAUUCUGAAUCUAUUAUUUGUACCUUAAAAGAGUUAAAACUUUUUAAUUGAAAUGCACCAUUUCAAUGGUUA